CAGGGAGGAGGCGCACGUUACCCAUAUCCCAAGGCAGUCUGGUCACCGGCUGGUGGCUGGUGGGUCCGACCAUCGAACUGGGCUAGCAAUACCGCCGUUGCGGCUGGUGGUAUUUUAGCUGUGACGUAUGCUGUGUGGAGUAUCAGCGCCGCACAUGAGGUGCGU